UACUUGCGAUAGAGAACAUAGCUUCUGUUAAGCAAGGAGAAAGCGUCUGCGACAGAGGGAGUCUGUCGGAAGCCAGCAAUGGCGAGUCAUCAUCCAGUCGGUGGCCGGCUGACUUCAUUGCACAGAAGUUAUGGGGUUGUUAA